CGGGGCCGCGGGGGCGGCGCCGCGAUUGGUGCGCUCGGCCGGGGAGGCCCCGCCCCCCGCGCCCUCAGGCGGCCAUGGCGGCGCUGCCGGUGGCGGAGCCGCUGCCGGGGGACCCGGCCGAGCCCAACCCUUUCUCCUUCCGCGAGUUUGUCCGCUCCAAGUCCCGCGGCGGUGACACACAGGUCAGCGCGCCCGGGGUCCGUCCCGUCAAAACGCCCGUCUCAGCCCCGCUGUCCCCUCCGCAGGCGGCUUGGCCCGGGCCCGUCGUGCCGCCGCUGCCCGCGGUGCCCGCAGAGUCGGGGGACGAGCAGGAGGAGCAGGAGGAGGAGGAGGAGGAGGAGGAGUGGAGCGAGAGCUACCAGCCCCUGGCCGUGGAGCAGGCCCUGGCCCGCGGCCCCUCCCGGCAGCCGAGCUACGAGCAGCUAAAAGAAGAGAAUGCUCUUUUGAGAAGCAAGAUCAAUAAGCUUCAGAUUCUGUCUGAAACUCAAGCAGACAAAAUGAGGAAGCUUGAGAAGAAGCUUGAGGAAAACAAAAUCAAAGAAGAAAAAGAAGCUCAGGAUUUGGAAGCAAUGGUUCAGCACGUGGAGCAGAAUCUCCAGCUGAUGACUAAACGGGCUGCCAAAGCUGAGAACAGUGCUGCCAAACUGAGACAGGAAAAUGCACAGCUCCAGGCUGAGCUGAGGAAUUGCAGGCUGGAGAAGGAGGCACUGCAGGCAGGCCAGGCAGGGUUGGCUGUGGCCAAGCAGAAUGCAGAGGUGGCCCUGCAGCACCUGCUCCAGGUCACAACCAGCUCCAGAGCAUCUAUCAGGCAGCUGCUCUCUGGAGCAGAAUCCCUGCAGCUCGUUGCUGAUCUCCUGAAAUCCAUAGACAGAAUCGCUGAGGUGGCAGAUGAUGGACAGUGAUGACAGUGACUCACACAACACGGAGGACUUUGUUUUCAUAUGGGAACUAUUACUAAAAAGUGAAUUUUUUGAUA